CCUGUUAGCUAUAGGAGGCGCUUUCCAGGAGAGGUUUUAGAUGACUUUGCAAAAUUAAAUUUUAACCAUCAUUGCCUGGCUUACUUGUUUACCCAUCGCGAUCUUUCAGGCAAACUAGGAGCUGCUUACCGUGCUGAAAGGCAACGAGAAAUGGGAAUUUGUGCUAGACAUAGUCACUUUAAUAUUGGAAGAAGAAGCUUAAACACCGGUAUUUUAACUUCUUUAUUACGUGGUAGAAGAGUUUCUUUUGCAAUUCAACUUAAUACGGCUGCACAUGAGGUGGGUCACAGCUUGGGAGCAGCGCAUGACACCGGACGGUGUAGAGAAAAUGGUAACCUGUUUUUAAUGAAUCCAAUUAUCUUAGAAAGCCAAGUCAAGCGAUUUUCAAGAUGUAGUAAAGCUGACAUAUAUGAAGUUUUAAGAAGAGCCACUUGUUUAAAAAGGGAAGCCAUACCAGAGGAGUGCAACUGCGAUAUCUUUAACUCUGAAGGUGAACCUUUACUACCUCUUUAUCCACGAGAGCCAAGUGAAGCCUUCGAUCGAUCUUCUACUCCUUUGCCAUAUAAUAUUACAUUACCAGAGUGUGUAGGAAACGAAACAAGCUGCGAAGAUCCUUACUGCUUACUACAGACUGCUAAUAAUUUUACUAUAUCUCAGGAAAGUGGCAUUGCAAGAUAGUUUUUUAG